UCAGAAUUAUUUUGCACAUGAUUAUUAAAAACUUCCAAGAAAUUUUUUUUUUGUAAAACUAAAAUAUAUAUAAAUUAAAAAUACAAAGAAUUUUUUACACAUUCUUGUCUUAAUAUGUUGUUUUUACUUUCUUGUCUUAUUGUGUUGUUUGCAGCCCUUUGAAUUAGGGUCAGCAUUCUGCGAUUCUGACUUAACUGCCAACCUAAAGUGUCUGAGGUCGGUGAUAUUUUGCUGAGAUUGUUUUCAUGUUAUGGUGAAAUCUUAAAAAAAUUUUGUCCUAACUUGAUUUUUUUAAAUUCUGUUGACUUGUUGUUUGUAUAGCUUUGGUAUUAAAAAGUUUAUUUAAAAAAUAAUACUGGUAAAAUUUUAGUUUGACCCUAAUUUUAGAAAAGUAGUUUACAGUAUAAUAUUUUCUAAAUGAUUUUAAAAAAAAUUUUAAAACUUAUUUUGAAUAUAAUACUGUCUAAUAUUAUAGUCAUUACUUUUAAUCCUCAAAGAUGGUUAAGGUUGAAUAUAUUGAAGGUGAUUCAUUCACAGCCUUUAUUUUUCCCAAAGUCUCAUAGAUUGUAUGUGCCAAUAUUGGUUAGGGUAGAUAACAACAUUAAAAACAACAAGUUGUUAUUGAUGUUGCCAUUGAUGCUGUUAUUGGUGUGUUUUUUUUGUAUUACUUUUAGUGCUAAUAUUCCUCAAGGUUGGCCACAUCUUUUUUUCUUUAUAAAUUUUUAUUAACAUUUUUUAAGUUACAAUAUUUUUUUACUAAAAACUUAGUUUUAAACAGUUUACUGUUUUGACACCUUUUAAUAGUCAAAAGAUUUUAUUGUAUAAUCUAAUUAUAUAAAAUUAUAUUUAUAAAUAAAAUUUACCAUACAGUAUUCAUCCAUUCAGCAUACUGUUUGUUCAGAAUUAUUUUGCACAUGAUUAUUAAAAACUUCCAUGUUCUUGGGGAUUCUAUUUUUUUGAUUUCUGCUAAUUUAUAAUUAGCAAUUGACACAUUUAGUCUUACUAGCAUGAAAAUUAGUAUUUGCAAAUUUUUUAAAAUUAUCUCAUGUUGAAGAUUGUACAUAUUUUUAAAUAAUUUUCAAAUAAUUUCCAUCUCAAAGAUUGAUAAGUAUAAGUUUUUAAAGAUGUUUUUAAACCACUUAGCGAAGCAAAAUGAUACUGAUAGAAUAAGUCAACAUGCUCAAAACAUAAGAAUGGUAAAACCUGUAUUGAGUAUGAACAAGUAGAAAAGUAGAACCUAUAUUGAGGAUGCUAACUUAUACUAUCAGUGCCAUUCAUUUAUUAAUAGUUCCAGAGAUUAUUGUCUGGCAUAUUUGAUAGGUGUUUUUCUAAUCUUAAGUUAUCUAUUUUGCUAAUUUUUCUCUAAAUUUAAUUUCUUGCUUAAGUUCGAUUUUUUAUCAUUUUUAUUACCCUUAGUAAGCAAAGUUUAACUUUUGAGUUAUUCUACUGAAUGUUGAAAUUUUGAAAUUUAUUUGAAGAAAACAUAUAAGUUAUUCCUUUUAAUUUUACUUCUAAAAAAUGUAUAGCAGCUUCAGACCUCAGUUUGUGUUUUACUACCACAACAAAUAAAUUAUAAGUAUAAACAAGAAUUAUGCUAACUGAUGCUGUUUACCAAAGUUUAAGUUUUCCUUCUUUGCCUCCUGACCAGGAGGAGAAGGAUUGGCAUUAUCACAUGAGAAGAAGACCAUAUGCUGCUGUUACUAAAAAUAAGUUAGAAGUUUUAAAAGAGCAUGGAAUCACCCACAUAGUUUGUAUUCGUCAUCCCAUAGAAGCUAAUCUCAUAAAACCUAAUUUUCCACAGAAUUUCAGAUAUCUCACCCUUGACAUCAUUGAUAAACCUACAGAACCUAUAUUGGAAUUUUUUCCAAUGGUAAAGGAGUUUAUUGAAGAAUGCUUACAUCAUAAAGGUAAAGUGCUUAUUCAUGGAAAUGGUGGUAUAUCAAGAAGCGCAUCAUUUGUAAUUGCUUAUAUAAUGGAAACAUAUGGACUAAGUUAUCAAAAGUCAUUUUUGUAUGUUCAACAAAAGCGCUACUGUAUAAACCCAAAUGAAGGUUUUGUAAGGCAACUUCAGGAAUACGAGCCUAUAUAUUUGGCAAGAUAUCAGCAGCAAGGUCAGACAAGUUCAAGUGGUAUCUACAAACGUAAGUACGAAAUUGAUGACGAAAAUUCUGACUUAGUAAAAAGAGAUUACUUUAACACUAAUGUAUCUAAUUCUUAAAUUUGCAAAAAAAUGACGAAUCUGUAAA